CAUCAGCAGGCAGGCACCACACCACACAGACACAGCAGCAGCAAGUCACGGAGUGGCAAAUCAGUUUUUAAGAGCUUCCACGACCACCAAUUUGCCGGCCGGUUCGAUGUGCUGUGACGAACGCCUUUAGCAGGCAGCGUGAAAGUCCUUUCAUAAGCCACGGGGCUGGUUUGAGAAGCUUCGCGUCGCUCGAAACGUCUGAGCGGUCUUCCCACCCUCCUCCCUCCUCCCUCCCCGUGUUUUGGAGGAGAGGUGCAAAAGCUGUUGUCUUUUUUUAUAUCUCACGAAAGGAUUUAGAAUUUUUGGAGAGGCUCUUUAUGCAAACAGCCCCCCCCCCCGAGGAGGAGGGGGGGCUGCCCCCCACCCCCACCUUAAGUUAGUUUUAAAUCGAAUUGAUUGACGCGAGUGAUAGUUUUAGUGUUUGGAUCGGCAGCCGCCCGAAGCGGCUGGCUCCAUUGCCCCGAGUCCGCGAUGGAGGAGCGAAUGAAGAUUCUGGACAAGUUGGUCCGGGACUGCCACUCGCGUGUGAGCGCCGGGACUCUGCUGGACGGCUUUGAGGCCUUGGUGCAGGACCUGGACUUCCCGGCGUUGCGCAAGAACAAGAACAUCGAAAGCUUCCUCAACAGAUAUGAGAAGGCGGUGGGCAAGGUGCGCGACCUGCGCAUGAACGUCCACGACUUCGAGCUCCUCAAGGUCAUCGGCAGAGGAGCCUUCGGUGUGGUACAGCUGGUGCGGCACAAGCAGACGCGGCGCGUCCACGCGAUGAAGCGGCUCAACAAGGGCGAGAUGCUCAAGCGCUCCGACUCGGCCUUCUUCUGGGAGGAGAGGGACAUCAUGGCCUUCGCCAACAGCUCCUGGAUCAUCCAGCUGUUCUCAGCGUUCCAGGAUGAGCGCUACCUCUACAUGGUGAUGGAGUACAUGCCGGGGGGCGACCUCGUCAGCCUCAUGAGCAACUACGAUGUCCCCGAGAAGUGGGCACGCUUCUACACGGCCGAGGUGGUGCUGGCCCUCGACGCCAUUCACUCCAUGGGCUUCAUCCACCGGGACAUCAAGCCGGACAACAUGCUGCUGGACAAGCUCGGCCACCUCAAGCUCGCCGACUUCGGCACCUGCAUGAAGAUGGACGCCGAGGGCAUGGUGCGCUCUAACACGGCGGUGGGCACGCCGGACUACAUCUCCCCCGAGGUUCUCAAGUCGCAGGGCGGGGACGGCUACUACGGCCGCGAGUGCGACUGGUGGUCCGUGGGCGUCUUCCUCUUCGAGAUGCUCGUCGGCGACACCCCGUUCUACGCGGAGUCGCUCGUGGGGACGUACAGCAAGAUCAUGGACCACCGCAACUCGCUCUGCUUCCCGGACGAUGCCAGCGUCUCCAAGGAGGCGCGCAGCCUCAUCUGCGGCUUCCUCACCGACAGGGAGGUUCGCCUAGGGCGGACCGGCGUGGAUGAGAUCAAGAGGCACCCGUUUUUCCGCAACGACCAGUGGACGUGGCAGAACAUCAGAGAGACCGUGGCCCCCGUGGUGCCCGAGCUGGCGAGCGAUGCGGACGCCAGCUGCUUCGACGACAUCUCCGAGCAGGAGAAGGCCGAGGAGGAGGCCUUCUCCGUGCCCAAGGCCUUCCUGGGCAACCAGCUUCCCUUCAUCGGCUUCACGUACCACAGCACCUACCGGCUGCUGGAAACUGACGAGGUGGACACGCCGUGUGGACGAGGAGGUGGCACAACGACUCGAGGAGGAGGAGACAACCAGACCACGGAGAAGGUGAAGACCCUGGGGCAGGAAGUUCUCCAGCUGAAGGAGCAGCUGCAGGCGGAGGUGCAGGCCAAGGAUGAGAUGGAGCAGAAAUUCAGGUCGACCAACGUGCGCCUGGAGAAACUCAUCACCGAGUGGGACACGGAGGUGGAGGGACGCAAGGCCCUGGAGGCAGCUCUGCGCCAGCUGGAGCGGGACAGGGCGCUGCUGCAGCACCGGGCGGCGGACGGGCAGCGCCGUGCGGAGCAGGAGUCGGAGAGGAGGCGCGCCCAGGAGGCUGAAGUGUUGACGCUCAAGGAGCAGCUGGAGGAGACUCGCAAGCGGAACCAGAGCUCGCAGGCGUCCAGCGAGAGGGUCGUCCAGCUGCAGAAGCAGCUGGAGGAGGUGACGUCCCUGCUCAAGGCGGAGGGGGAGGGCUCGGCGCGGCACCGCAAGGCGCAGGCCGACUCAGCGCGCUCGCUCGCCGCCCUGGAGGCCGCGCACUCGGAGCUGCAGGAGAAGGCCCGAGGCUUGGAGGGCAUCAAGCUGGCGCUGGAGAAGGAGCGCAUCUCGCUGCAGUCGGCGCUGGAGGCCGAGCGGAGGGACCGCACCACCGGGCACGAGGCGUUCACAGAGGCACAAGGUCGCGUGUCCGCACUGGAGGAGGAGGCUCGGGGCCUGAAGCUCAGCCUGACAAAGGCCGAGACGGAGAGCCGGCAUCUCCAGGAGCGACUCAUCGACCUGGAGAAGGAGAAGAACGGUGCGGAGAUCGAGCUGAGCUACAAGCUGCGCGCCGCCCAGCAGAGCCUGGAGCACGAGGUGGCGGCGCACCGAGCCACGAUGGCGCGGCUCGACGACAAGCACACCUCCAUCGAGGGUGCCAAGUCACAAGCCGUGCGCGAGACGGAGAAGAUGGUGGCGGAGGAGCGGUCGUGGCGCCAGCGCGCCGAGGCGCACGCCGUGGCGCUGGAGAGGCGCCUGCACGAGGCCGAGUGCGACGUACGGCAGGCACGGCACAAAGCGACGCAGCUCGGCCUCAGCCGCGAGGCGCUGGAGGAGCAGGUGAAGACGCUGUCGCUGAAGGUGGAGCAGGAGGCGCAGCGGAGGCAGCUGACGCAGGGCGACCUGAAGCAGCAGGCGCAGCAGGCGACGGCGCUGCGCACGAGCGAGAAGCAGCUGAAGCAGGAGAUGAACGCGCUGCAGGAAGCGCGCAUCGCUCUGGAGAAGCAGCUCGCUCACAUGCGCAGGGAGAAGCAGGACAACGAGGGGCAGAUGCGUGAGCUGCAGGAGCAGCUGGAGGCUGAACACUACUUCUCCACGCUGUACAAGACGCAGGUGCGGGAGCUGAAGGAGGAUGCCGAGGAGAGGCUGAGGGCGUGCAAGGAGCUCCAGACGCAGGAGCAGGAGCUGCGCGACGAGCGGGACUCUCUGGCGGCUCAGCUGGAGCUGACGCUGACCAAGGCGGACUCGGAGCAGCUGGCGCGCUCCAUCGCGGAGGAGCAGUACUCGGACCUGGAGAAGGAGAAGACCAUGAAGGAGCUGGAGAUGAAGGAGCUGGUGACGCGGCACCGCACCGACACUGGGGAACUUGAGGCACAGCGUUCCGCCCUCGCAGAGGCCAACAAGAAGCUGACGGACGACAUCGCUGCUCUGACGGCCGAGAAGGAGGAACUGACGCAGAAGUUCACCGUGAUGCAAGAAGAGCUCGACAGCCUGAAGAAGGAGCAUGCGACUCUGUCCAUCGUCAAGGCUCAGGUGGAGAAGCAGCUGCAGGUGGAGAAAACGCUCAAGACUCAGGCCGUGAACAAGCUGGCGGAGGUGAUGAACCGCAAGGACAUGAAGAUGGACCGACGGCAGGCGAGCGCCACCGACCUGAAGCGCAAGGAGAAGGAGAACCGCAAGCUGCAGCUGGAGCUGAACCAGGAGCGCGACAAGUACGGGCAGAUGGAGGCCAAGUACCAGCGCGAGGUCAACGACAUGCAGAACCAAAUGCUGGAGGAGAGCCAGAAGGUGCUGGAGCUGCAGAUGGCUCUGGACAGCCGCGACAGCGACAUGGAGCAGCUGCGCGCCGCCCAGCAGAGCGCCGGCACAGACGCCACCGGCGCGCUGGUGCCGCACGCCGACCCCGCGUGGACGCUCGUGCACGGCCUCGCCGACGACUCGCGCCUCGAAGGGUGGCUCUCGCUGCCAAACAAGAGCAACAUCAAGCGCUACGGUUGGAAGAAGCAGUUUGUGGUGGUCAGCAGCAAGAAGAUCCUCUUCUACAACGACGAGCAGGACCGAGUCCACGCCAGUCCCAGCAUGGUGAUCGACCUCGACAAACUGUUCCAUGUGAGGGCGGUCACGCAAGGAGACGUCUACAGGGCUGACGCCAAGGACAUCCCGCAGAUAUUUCAGAUCCUGUACGCGAACGAGGGCGAGAGCCGCAAGGACCAGGACCCCGAGUCGACGGGCGCCCCAACGCCGCCGCCGGCGACAGCCUGCCUGCCGCACCGCGGCCACGAGUUCAUCCCCACGCUCUACCACUUCCCCACGGGCUGCGAGGCGUGCGCCAAGCCACUGUGGAACGUCUUCAAGCCGCCCGCCGCGCUCGAGUGCCAGCGCUGCCACUUCCGCUGCCACCGCGACCACAUGGAGCGCGGCGAGGAGGUCGUGCCGCUCUGCAAGGUGACCUUCGACAUGACCAGCGCCAAGGUGCUGCUGCUGCUGGCGUCCACGCCGGACGAGCAGAAGCAGUGGGUGUCCCGUCUGCUCAAGCGUGUGCCCAAGAAGCCGCCGGGCCUCGCCGACCAAUUCCUGCGCGGCUCUCCCCGCGCCUCUGGCCGGGCCCAGGCCACCAAGGACUCGUUCCGGCGCCAGGCCCGCCCGCCGCCGCCCAAUGCCGCCGCCGCCGCCAAGACCAGUUAAUGUCGGCCAUUGUGAAGAUCCACCCCGCUGUGUCCCGCCAUCAUCCCCCCACGCUGUCCCGCUCAUUCCCCCGAGACGGAACGCUCGGCGCGACGUUUACCUGGCGUUGAAAACACGAAGACUCUACUUAAAAAAAAAAACGUCCUUCCCCCCCCCCUCGCCAUGAAGAAUCGCUGCUCGGAUCGUUGGGUGCCAUCUCGGCCGAGCCGUGCGAACACUGCCACCGGAAAGGAAUUACACGUCGGGCACAUCUUAAACGCGACGCUGUUUUAAUGCCUCCGUUGCUUGUGAUGAUUGUAAUUAUGGUUCGUAUAAUUGUGUUGAUGACGGUCUGUGGCCCAGCCUGUCUGUCCCCAGGGAGUUGUGGGCAACGCUGCGGGGAGCCGAGGACACGACGGUGGCGGUGAUGAUCGCUGUCGUUCUGAGGUCCUUGCCGUCUUACGUUGAAGGCGUCAAGGCAGGAUUUUCUGUCGAGCCGGUGGUUGAGGAACCUUUUCCUUGCCUCAAAUCGAGUUUUCAGAUACCUCCCUUCGAGAGGUCCCUUGAAGUGAUGGAAGUGGUCGAGGUGAGCUCAAGUUUUGAACACGGUGGCGUCCCGUUGCCAGGUCCACAAUAUUCCCCACGCUCGAUUGGUGCGGCUUCGACGCUUGCGGCGAUGGGGGUAAAGUUUGUUUUGUAGUGGUAGGUCAUGAUGAAGUUAAUUUGUGGGCCGCAUCUGGCUCCUUGGACCAAAUAAGUUCCCCACCCCCCCCCCCCCCCCAGCUGUCGAGAAUACCCCAGCCGGCAGGUAUGCGGGUGCGUACGUAUACGUGUGUGUGUGCGUGUGCUCAGUAUAAACACAUGUGUGGGAAGCGGAGGUGCAGUGGCGAGCGCGUUGUGUAAUCGAACCCGAGUUGGAUUACCGACCAAUGCUAGAAUUGGUGGCGAGUGGUAUGUGAACCGGUUCUGGGCCUCUCCUAGGUCAACUCGGCCUUAAAAACGGUACAUUGUGUAAAUAUUAAGCAUUGGGAAGAGAGAGAGGUCGCCUGGAAUGUGGUGCUGACGGCACCGCCCGUUAAUCAGGUGCUCGCUAAGAGUCGAUACGGCGAUGUGCGGGGGGGGGGGGGGUUGGAUCUGCAUCUAGAAUAAAAAAACGAAUUUCGGCAGUAAUACCGCACACGUGAACAAAGACAUCGCCGCUUUCGCCAUUGCCGCCGCCUUACAAUAGAAACGAACAACCUGACGUUUCGGGCAGUGGCCCAGAGCAGAGAGAUAGAGAGAGAGAGAGAAGUCGUCUAACCCGAGUCCUACCUAGUCGUAGUCGUCGCUAAAGCUAUCCAUCGUCGGGCCGUUUGGAAUAUUUCCUCCAGGUUCCCGCGAUCCCAUCAAUCCCCCAGGGCUUCAUGUCCACAUGAAGCCCUGGGGGACAACUUUCAGCGGGGAGAUUGGCGGCGCAGUGGUUGGCACGCGGCGUGGUAAGACCAAAAACCGCGGUUCCAUUUCCAAGCCGCGGGCAACGUGAUUGGCGAGCGAUAUCUCAACCGGUCCUGCGCCGCCCGUUCCCCUUCGCCAGCCCCGCUGUCGCCAUUGCGGUGAAGUAUGGUGAAGGAACCCCGAAAGCGGACACGGCACACGGAGGGAGGCAUUCCUCCAGCAGCGGAAUUGACAAAGUCCCGCACCGCCGGUUAGCACGGUUGGCUACGUACGGUGGGAAAUAAGUUGAGCAUGUACACAAACGAAGGAAGUAUUAAUGCCGAAUGUUGUUUUUGAUGUGCUUCUUGUUUACAGGUCACCAUAUAAAGUGGUCCAGAUGUCUUGUGGCCACCCCCCUCCCCUCAAUUGACCCCUGACAUUUUUUUUUACCUUUGCAUAUUCAUUUAUGUUUUAAAUAACCCUUUAAGAAAAGAUUAUGUUUUACAGAAUUCAAUGGGGGAAAGUCACAAGACAUCUGGACCACCCCGUAUUUAAAUGUACUCGUCUAUGUGUGAGUCGGCUCAUAACCCGUCACUGUGAUUGUGACAUGAGUGGAGCAACUCUGGUACACGCAUAAACACUGCUGUGAAGAUGAAUUUGCAUGCUGCAGGAUGUGCGUGGGAAGAAGGAUUGAGAAAACACGAAAGCGGGUUCAAGCCAAGAAGUUGAAAAUUCACAUUUUUACAAAGUGUCUUUUGUAUCGAACGCUGCGGUGUUCUUUGUGAUACGCGCACAUAUCCGAGGUAUGUGGUGCCGAUUUUCAGAUGAACCAAACAAAGAUAUCUGAAAAUCGGGCCGAUGUAGAAACGACAUUUCGGUUGAUCAAGGGAAAAAAAAGGAAAAAGUUCGAUUUCCGAUUGAUCCGAAACUUCUGACGUCACAGGACACGAUGUCACUUGUGUCUCGUCGCUUCCAAAGCAACUCCUCCCACCCGAGGUGACGUCACGCUGUUCCCUUGAAUUCCCACCACGUCCGCCUCGGCCUUCGUGGUCCCCGUGGUUUCAGUCGCGUUGCCAACCACUCCCGGAUUGGCCGGGAGUCUCUCCCGGAAUUUGCAACGAUCUCCCGGUGACUAUUGAGAGCAAUCCGGAAGAUUUUAAGAGGAUAUUUUUGUAAAAUAAAUGGAUACUAAUUAACAUUUGUGCAUAAUACAGGGGUUUUUUUGGGUUAGAUUGCGUAAAUAUAAAUGUGUCGUUAAACCCGCCACCACCCGACACAGCCAACUAGUAAGGGUUGUCACGUAAACAGAACGUGGCCAAUUCGUCACUAGUACAGCACUAGUGUAGUGUAUAGUGUAGUAUACUAGUACAGCACACCGGUGUGUUGGAAAGCCAAGCCACAACAUUUACAAUCUGAGUACGACGUUUCGCCAGUAAUUAAAACUAGUUUCAUCAGGCGACAACCAAAUCUGGCGAAACGUCGAACUCAGAUUGUAAAUGUUGUGGCUUUGCUCUGCAACACACCGGCGUUGCUGGACUAGUAACGAAUUGGCAUGUUGUGUUUACGUGACAACCCUGACUACUGUAAUUGGCUGUGUCGGGUGGUGGCGGGUUUAACGACACAUUUAUAUAUUUACACGAUCUAACAAAAAAAAACCUGUAUUAUGGAUGACAUUGGUCGCAAAAGCAUACGUGUUAAACCGCAUUUUAUCCGUAGAUCCCAAUGACCAUGAUUUAUACAGAAGUUCAUUUUUUUUAUCAAUGACAAUCCUUACACCCACGCGAUAAGAUGGUGGCUCGACAUUGAUUUUGUCAACGGGGUUGAACAGUACAACAUUGCAUCAUGUUGUAAAAAAAUAAUAAAAAUCCUCCCGGAUUAGCUUCAGUCAAGAGUUGGCCACCCACCGUGUGUAACAAUGAUAGCGGAUUGUUGCGGAUUGGCGUUCACUGCCUCGCGCCAAUAAAAACCCCAGCCGACGAGCACAAUUUGCCCUCUUGUGCAAGAACACAAACAUAAUUUGCCUCUGACGCCUUUCCAAGCUAAAUAACAGCUGCCUGUACCAAGCCAAAGUCGCGGUCACGUUGAAGAAAAACAAAAGCACAUUCCCAACGUUUCUACUUUACAAUUGUCGCUAUUACUUUUAUGGCCAUGGGGAGGGAAAGUCACGUGGUGGUCGAUAUCCACCAGCACUCGGGCAGACGAAUCUUCGUAGAGUGUUCAUCAGAGGUCGCAACCGGGUACCCGAUACCCGUACCCUACCCGAUACCCGGCUACCCGUACCCGGCCGGGUACGGGUACCCGUUUGCGACCCUGGUGCGGCCGGGUACGGGUAGACCGUGAGUCACUGGUGAGUCACCGUUUGUCACUCAUUUCCCAACGUCUUGUCUCUUCUCACAAUUCAAGUUCCUAGAAUCAACCCACCCGCGCCUGCAACAUGGCUUCAUCCCAGAGGUCGCAAUCAGGCACCCGAUACCCGUACCUUACCCGGCCGGGUAGGGUACGGGUACGGCCGGAUGCGGGUAUGGGUACCCGUUUGCGACCCUGGUGCGGCCGGGUACGGGUAAGGAAUCAAAACCCGUUUGUGACCUCUGGUGUUUAGAAAUUCGUGCUUCUGUUGGGGGGGCGGGGGGGCGGAAUAAACCGGCCAUGCCCUGCUUCCAUGGGCCAGCGCGUUGCAACAAUCCGCUGUGUUGCGGGGGGGGGGGGGGGCUCCCAAGUGUCAUCGUCAUUUUUUUCGCUUCCAAUUUCAGUCGGUGACGAGUUCGGUUGAGCGUCUGGGGCGUACGAUCUCGACUGUGAAGGGGGCGGAGUUUACUAUCGUUUUAUUUAUAAGGCACGGUAAAUAUUUUUUAUAUAUAUAUAUAAAAAUCUAUACGGUAUAUGUAUCGUUACAAGUCGGUCCUGCACGCAAUAUAUAAAACGAUGGUCACCUAUGAA